CGCGGACCCGGUUCCAACAUCUCGGGGUCCGCGCUCGUCUCUCUCCAGUACUGCUCACCACUAGUACGUCCGUUGAAGUUCGGUCAUAACAGCUGCCUGUUCGGCCAUACGGUAAGGACAGGAAGAGAAAGCAGAGCACAGCAUGUGAAUGCUAUUUCGUAGGUGACCAGAUUUCCUAACUUCUGUUUUUCUUCUGGACAUAUUUCUUUCCGAUCGGUACCUUAUUCGGUAGGUACAAUACAUCCCACAGUCAUUACCUUACACCAUGGCGAAAAGCCACAACUACGAAGUUCCAGUAUUGAUUGUCGGCGGAGGCAUCGUCGGGCUCUCUGCGUCUCUCUUUCUCAGCACUCAUUUCGGAAUCAAGUCAUUACUAGUUGAGCGGCAUGCAGGCACAUCAAUCCAUUCCCGAGCACGCGGGCUCAACCGGCGCACAAUGGAACUAUACCGCGGGAUCGGGAUCGACGAAGCUGUGCGCAAGGCCGGGGAGUCGUUGUCUCCCAGUAUAGGGAUAUAUCAAGGCCACUCGCUCGUCGAGGUCAUCGAGCCCAUUGCUCGCAGCAGCGAACAAACAGAGGCAGGCCCGCGAAGAAGAAUGCCAGGCGCCGAGUACUUGGAGAGUCUGGGCCCAGUCGAGGGAUGCCGGGCAACACAAGAUAUGAUUGAACCCGUUUUACUGGCGGCAGCGCGAGAUCGAGGAGGUGAUUUGCGAUUCAACGUCGAGUGCGUUGCCUUUGAGCAGGAUGACCAUGGUGUCACGGCGACGUUGCGGGACCGCUCUUCUGCCAGCGAGUCUACCGUCCGCGCAGCGUACAUGAUCGCCGCCGACGGCGCCGGCAGUCCGAUCCGACAUAAGCUCGGCGUGUCGACGACCGGAGCAGGCACGUUGGGCCAUCUUCUGAAUAUUCUGUUCGAAGCGGACCUGAGCGAGCUGGUCCGCGGCCGCGAGUUCAGCAUGUGUCUGAUCGAACGCGAACAGCCCGAAGUCAUCAGGGGUCUGUUCACAUCCAUCGACAACCAUAGCCGAUGGGUGUUUCAUCUUUCGUACGACCUCAAAAAGGGAGAGCAAGCUCAAGAUUUCACCCCCGAGCGCUGCGCGGGUUUGAUCAGGCUUGCACUCGGGAUACCUGACAUUGACGUCCAAGUCAAGAGCAUUCUCCCCUGGGAGCCGAGUGUGCGGGUCGCUGAGAGAUUUCAGCACGGCCGCAUCUUCCUCGCCGGUGAUGCGGCGCACCAAAUGCCCCCCUGGGGCGGUCAAGGUGCCAACACUGGCAUUGCCGAUGUCCACAACCUGGCGUGGAAGUUGGCUGCUGUUCUGAAUAGACAAGCAACGCCCUCGCUGCUGAACACCUACGAUGCUGAGCGGAUUCCGAUCGCGCGUCUUGUAUCCGAUGAGUCGGGCGCCGGAACCGAUGAGCAUGGCUUGUUUUUGAUGUGGAAAUCUCCACCGGCAAUGUUGUCCCUGUUCCGCAGAAUGCCUAGACUCGGUGGAUAUGGCUACACGUAUGAUUCAACUUCUCAGGCUAUCUUUCCUGAAGAUACAGCCCCUCUGUUGUCGAGGUUGACGCGUCUCGUGCCUUACCUGGGCCAGAUAGUUGGGAUUGAUGGAAAAGCCGGUUCUCGUAUCCCGCAUAUCUGGGUCCAGUCGGAGGGCCCACGCAUCUCGACCCUUGACGUGCUGGGGAAAUCGUUCGUUAUCCUGGCUGGCGCAGAUGGACGGAAAUGGCACGAAGAUGCGCCGAAAGUCGCUUCUGAUCUGGGUGUUGGAAUAGGAGUCUACCGUGUUGGACCAGAACCUGCUUGCGAACUUGUGGCAUCGAGAGGAGCCUGGGAAUCUGCCGCAGGCAUCUCGGCGACAGGUGCGCUGCUGGUCCGUCCGGAUGGAUUUGUCGCCUGGCGUGCUUGGAGCUGUCCUUCAGAUCUCGAACACAAGCUCCAGGACGUGUUGAAGAGAGUGCUCUGUCGAUAAUUCUGGAAGCGGAUUGGAGGGAUGGCCAUUUGCUAGACCUUCAUGUUGGGGCGUUGGAAUAGACAAUAAGGAAUGGGUAAUGGUAAGGCGCUUGGGUGUUUUGGGCAUCGCUUCGGCCAUGGUCGGCUCAGUGUUGUCAACUUUCUCUGCUCGUCGAUCUCAGGUAGCAUUGCUCUUUCAAUCAAAUCUCUCUUCACCCUCACCAAGUAGCGGUUUUGCAGCCAUGACGAGCGAGCAUUUGCCCAACGUUGUCGGAAUGGUCGUUGAAAGCGUUCCUGCAACAAAUGAUUUCCUC